GAGGAGAAGGAGGAGGAGAGCAGGACGGGCGGACGCGGCCCCGGCGCUCCCUCCGCCCCCAAGAUGGCGGCGGCGCUGAGGGGCCGCGCGGGCCGGGCCGCGGCGCUGUGGCGGCUGCAGAGCCGGCGGCGCAGCUCGUUCGACGUGGCCGUGGUGGGUGCGGGCAUCGUGGGCCUGGCGGCGGCGCGGGAGCUCCUCCAGCGCCACCCCUCGCUGUCCUUCGCCGUGCUGGAGAAGGAGCAGGAGCCGGCCCAUCACCAGAGCGGACACAACAGUGGUGUGAUCCACAGUGGGAUUUACUACACCCCUGGCUCCCUGAAGGCCAAGCUCUGCGUGCAGGGGGCAGCCCUGUGCUACAAGUACUGUGACCAGAAGGGAAUUCCCUACAAGCAGUGUGGGAAGCUGAUUGUGGCUGUGGAACACGAUGAAAUUCCAAGGCUCAAAGCUCUGUAUGAGAGGGGGCUGCAGAACAACGUCCCGGGGCUCAAACUCAUUGGAGCCAAGGAAAUCCAGGAGAAGGAGCCCUUCUGCAGGGGACUGAUGGCCCUCGAUUCUCCCUACACUGGGAUUGUGGAUUACAAACAAGUGGCCCAGUCCUUUGCCAGAGACUUCCAGGAAGCUGGUGGGACAAUCCUGACUGAUUUUGAAGUGACAAACAUGGAGAUGGCCAAAGAAAGUUCUCCAGAAAGUGAAGAUGGACUGAAAUACCCAGUCAUUGUUAGGAACAAAAAGGGUGAAGAAGUCUCCUGUGGGCACAUUCUGACCUGUGCAGGGCUCCACUCCGACCGCCUGUCCGAGAUCAGCGGCUGCAGCCCCGAGCCCCGCAUCGUCCCCUUCCGCGGGGAUUACUUGGUGCUAAAGCCAGAAAAGUCUUACCUGGUGAAAGGAAACAUUUAUCCAGUUCCCAAUCCCCGUUUCCCGUUCCUGGGAGUGCAUUUCACACCCAGGAUGGAUGGCAGUGUCUGGCUUGGCCCCAAUGCAGUGCUGGCCUGUAAGAGAGAGGGCUACAAACUCUUGGACUUCAGCCCUGCAGACUUUUUAGAUGCUGUGACCUACAGAGGGCUGUGGAAGCUGGUGCUGAGGAACAUGUCCUACGGCCUGGGGGAGCUGUACAGAGCCUUUUCCCUCAGUGCCCAGGUGAGGCAGCUGCAGAAGUUCAUCCCUGAGGUCACCACCAAGGAUGUUCUCAGGGGUCCCUCUGGCGUGAGAGCCCAGGCCCUGGACAGCGAGGGGAACUUGGUGGAUGAUUUUGUUUUCGACGGAGGCGCGGGGGCCGCGGGGAGCCGCAUCCUGCACGUCAGGAACGCGCCUUCCCCCGCCGCCACCUCCGCGCUGGCCAUCGCCGCCGCCAUCGCCGACGAGGCCGAACGGCGCUUCCAGCUCUGAGCGCCUCUGGAACGGGGCACUGCUCCUGGGGACAUGGAGCCAGCACGGCUGGGAAGGUGGAUUUGCAGACAGAGACCCCAAACAGCCUGGGGAAUGUUCUCACAGCUCCUUGAGCAAGUUGGAUUUGCAGACAGAGACCCCAAACAGCCUGGGGAACAUCCUCUGCACACAGCUCCAGCAUCGCGCCCUGGCACGGCGAGGAAGGUUUGGCCACCCGGGCAGGAGCAGCCGUGGGAGGGUCUCCAGCCACAGGCAGAGCCCUGCUGGGAUCAUGCCCGUGGAUUUCCCAUCCUGUGCUCCCAUCCCUCCUCAGAGGGGUCUGGAAAGCCACAGACAUGGCUCUCUGUGUGCUCUGAUUCCAUUUAAAUCAGUCUGCAGUCCUCUAGAUUACCUGGAAGUAAUGGAAUAGAGGGAUAAGCCCUGCUUAAGGGCCCUGCUGAUAUGGAAUUAAAGGCUUUAUCAGAGAUUGAGAACAAUAUUCAGAGCCUUCAACGUGAAUGUAGAGCACUUCACAGAAAAAUAAGCUUAAAGAGGAUUACCAAACCCAAGUCAAUUUAGAUCUGCAAUUCAGAUACUCUGUCUGAUCGCUGUCUCUAUUUUUUAUAGGGCAGAAAUGAAAAUAUGGAUAUAAACAAUCACUUUUUAUUUCAUUUACAGCUGGGAAAUCAGCGCUGAUCAGAAACUUCAUCAGUGGGUUUGGGUUUCUUCCUACCUUUGAAUGCUGGAAAUGCAAAAGGAGCUGAUCUUUGUCCAGCCAGUUGAGCAAUCCAGGGAAAACGGUCUUUGGAACAGGGAAUGUGAAAGGAGGGAAGCUCCAGAAACCUGCCUUGAGUCAUGUUUGAUACUGCUUCCCUUGGAGCCUGAGCAGGGAUGAGUCAGGAGAGUUUCCCAUUUUCCUGAGCACGGGAGGAGCUCAGACAGUGCUGGUGACUCCUCUGAGCUCCACUGGUGCCUGAUUUUUAUCAGAGAUCCUCCUAGAGGUGUCUGUGUGUCUGUGUGCUCUAAACUCAGAGCUGAGGAUCUGGGAGUGUCCUGCAGAACUGCUGUCACGCAGAAUUUUGUGGCCUCGGGGACAAAGUAUUGAAGAUUUUAUAGCAGAGGCUCACAGGGUGUUGGGUAACAGAUAACUGUGGGGAGUUGGUACCAGAAAAUUUGAGCUGGAUUUUGUCCUUAAAAAGUUCUUUUCUGAGCCCCUCUGAUGGGGUUAGCACAGGAGGGCAGCUGUGAGGCUGAUUUUACUGUACAGAUUGGAGACACUUUUUUGAGGGGAAAAAAGGGCUUAACCUGUCUUUUAAAAAAAACCCUUUAUUUUUCCUUAAUUUUUUCUCCUGGUAAAAUCUACUUUACCAACAAAUUGCUGGAAAUUCAAAUAACAACCCUUUCAGAGCAAAGUUUCAGUCACUUUAGGCAGAGCUUCAGCUGUUCCAACUCUUCCAGUGCCACGGGGCAGUGUAAAACUUCCCACAGUGGAACAAUCCUGUCUUCCCUCCCUGCCAGAAGUGUUGCCUAUCAACAGUAAAUCCUACAAAAGGAUUGCACAAGCCACUUCCUCCCACACGGGGUGUGGCCCUGACAUGUAUUAACAGAAUAAAGAACAUUAAAAUGCAAAGCAGACAGAGACCAGGGGGACUCCUAAGUCAGCAUUUCCCUGUGCUGCCUGCGGUGCUUUUUCCUCUCAGGUGGUGAUUGUCUGGGGGUAAAGUUUAUUUGAAACUUAAAUUAUGAACAUUGUAGCAUUCUGUGAAAAAGAAAUCUUUUCAGAGAUAAAAUUUUUACACUUUUGUUAUAAAAAUAACUUCAGAGAUCAUGAUAUCAGGGUUUCAGGCAGCAAUCCUGUUGCUUACAAAGUGUGAAAAUGGUUUAAUUUAUUUUCCAAAUAACCUCACUUUGAUGAUUUCAUAAACGUGCCUUUUAUGAUUAAAA